UAAUUUUUGACAAUGAGAACAAAAAUCCAAUCCAGAAGCAAAAACAUCUCACAAAACGGAAUUUAAAAAAAAUCUAAAAACAAGUAUUUCGUUUGAAAUUUGAGAAUAUUUAAACACUUCUAAUUCGGGGUUAGUCAACGUUCGAAAUUCUAACCAAACACAAGUCUCGCCUAAGUGAACGCCACCGUUUUAUGUUAUCGUGUAGUUAAAUCUUGUUUUGGAAAAAGAGAAGUUAUGAGGGUUUCAUUGAACUUUCUUAUCGCCAUAACUAUAAUUACCACCUUUGGUACGUUUAGUUGGAAUUCGUAUUCAGUUGGAUUCUAUGCGCAUGCUCAACAAAAUAAUGGCCAAAACGCCGGUAUGAUGCAGAACAAUCGUCAAAAUCAGGCCCAAAAUUCCGGUGCGACACAAAAAAAUAAUCAAAAGAAUGGGAUGAAUCAAAAUAACGCCCAGAAGAAUGCAAUGAAUCAAAAUAAUGCUCAAAAACGUGGUGGAGCACAAAACAACGCUCAAAAGAAUGGUAUGAACCAAAAUAAUAAUCAAAAAGGCCAAGCAUCGCAAAACAAUGCUCAAAAGAAUGGCAUGAAUCAAAAUAACGCUCAAAAGAAUGGCAUGAAUCAAAAUAACGCUCAAAAGAAUGGCAUGAAUCAAAAUAAUGCCAAAAAACCUGGAGGAGCACAAAAUAAUGCUCAACGAGCCCAAACUAAUGCCCAAAAAUUCCUCUUAAAUCAAAUAAACCGACAAAUGAAACGUGGAUUGGCUCAAUUGAAGCAUCUGCAGCGACAAGUACAGAAAAAUAUUAAAAGACCUACGUAUAACGCAAACAAAUCAGUGCAAUUUGCCAAACCAAAAAAACCAAAACCACAACGUCAGCAAAAUUUCGUCAAUAUUUAUAAGCGCUUAGAUAAAAAAGUAAAAGUCGAUAGUCAAGUGGCUAAUGAGGGCAAAGACGAGGACGAUGACGAAGAUGAUGAAGAAGAAAUCGAAGCUACUAAUGAUGAUUUUGACGGACGUUCUAUAGUAACACCAGGAGAAUAUCCACAUAUGGGCGCUUUAGGAUUUCCCGCUGUCGAUGAUUUAGUAGAAUUCAAAUGUGGUGGAAGUUUGAUCAGUGCUAGCUUUGUUUUAACUGCCGCACACUGUUGCUAUGUUAUUGGGGAUGCUCCUGUUUUGGUUAAAUUCGGUAUCAUCAAUCUAAAGGAGGAAGCUGGUGAAACUGAAAUGCCACAAAACCGUACCAUAGCUGAGGUCAUAGUACACCCACUGUAUAAUACAUCAAUGCAUUACCAUGACAUUGCCUUACUGAGAUUACAAGAACCGAUUUUCUACACUCGUUUUGUUCGACCCAUACGUUUGUGGGCUCGUGACGAUAUACCCUAUGACAAUGUCUUUACCAUGGGCUAUGGUUCGACUAGUUUUGCAAAGGCACCCACAUACAUCUUAACCGAAAUGGAACUGUCCACUGUAUCACAACAGGAAUGCAAUGUGGAAUUGCCACCAAAUGAGAUUGCUCCGCAGGGCAUUACGGAGACGCAAAUAUGUGCCAAAGAUUUUGUAAAAAAUCGAGAUACUUGUCAGGGUGAUUCCGGUGGACCUCUCCAGCUGAAUUUAAAACGACGCCGUAAUCGCAAUGGUUUCCGUUACUAUUUAGUUGGCAUUAUAUCGUAUGGUGAAGUUUGUGGCAGCGGUAGUCCUGGUGUUUAUACGCGUGUCUCAUCGUAUGUCGAUUGGAUAGCUUCCAUCGUUUGGCCCGAUGAAUUUCAGAACUUUUGAGACUCUAUGUAGACUUUGACUGCGUACCAAACAAAUGCCUUAUUUAUAACGAAUAAUUGAAUUUGAAAUAUUCCCAUCAUGUUUUGCAAGAUUUUAAAAUUACAACUCUUAUUUAUUUAUUAUUGUUUUAAAGCUCAUAUCAAAUACUCAUAUUAAUGUAAAUAUGA